UCUCAAUUCUCGGUAAAUGACUACCACCAUUGGGUUAGAGGCCUGGGAGGCCAGACGAGCAGCUUGGAUAACGCCUAAUGAAGAUUAUAAGGCAAAUGCCGAGCAAUUAAAAGUCAAUGCAGAGAAAUGUAAAAGUCUUGUUGAACAAGAGGGUCAGCGUAUUGCCAUUUAUAAACACCUGGUGCUGCAACGAGAGACUUUUCGCACACCCAUUCCUUUACAGCACGUCAUUCCCAUACUUGUUACUGGUUGGCAAGAAGAUGGGUUAUGGCCCAAAGGGAUGAAUGUUCAAGAAAAAAGCGAUUAAAAAGAAAAAGAAAAAAUAAAAGAAAAUAUACCCUUCCGCUCUCCUCCCCCUCGCACUCUUCACCUCACACACCCAUGAAAUAUUCUUGAACAUGAAGCAAC